UUACUUCCUGUAUGGAGGCAUGGCCAGUUUCCAGCCCCGCGCUCCCCGUUCCUCCCCAGCCUGCGUCGGAGCCACAACUUUCAGGAGCAUGGACUGAAGGCGCCCUCGCCCCAGCGCCCCUCUGAAAUCCUUUGUGUUUUCCUGCGUUUCCUCCGGCCGUUUCUAUUUUGGGGGGCUCUCCGCUCCCCCCACCUCUCCCCUCCCCUUCCCCGCUUGCAAACAUGCCUCCUUCCUUCCCGGGGCCCUGGAAGGAGCUGCCUGCCUGAAGCCCGGAGGCGCCGCGCCGCGCUCAGCCCCGCCGCCGCCCGCCGGCUCUCGGGCUGUGCUGCGCUGCCGACUCAAGUUGGGGAUCCUCGGCUGCUCGCCGCCGCCGCUCGCGGUCCCUGCCUUCCCCGGGCCCGGGGCAUCGCCGCCGUCCGCCGACUCCUCGCCCUGCCUGCUCGGCUCGCUCCUUUUUGAACGGAAAGCAGCCUUUCUCUGUUGAAAGGAUCGUCCCCAGCGUGGUUCCACAUUCCCGGUCACUUUUUGAGAUUUUCCGGGGGACGCUCGGAGGCUUCCCGGAUUCCAAGGGGACUCGGGCCGCCGAGCGCGGGGGGCCCGGGGAACAGGCGAGCCGGGGAAGCGCCCCGGCUUAGUGGAGGCUCGCACGGAGGCAAGAACUUAUUCAACAAGUUUACCCCCCCUGCUUUUCUCUUUUCGAUGUGCGUUUUCGGACAUGCGGAGGUUACUGGAACCGUGUUGGUGGAUUUUGUUCCUGAAAAUCACCAGUUCCGUGCUCCAUUAUGUCGUGUGCUUCCCGGCAUUGACAGAAGGCUACGUCGGGGCCCUGCACGAGAACAGGCACGGCAGCUCGGUGCAGAUCCGCAGACGCAAGGCUUCGGGGGACCCGUACUGGGCCUACUCGGGUGCCUAUGGUCCUGAGCACUGGGUCACGUCUAGCGUCAGCUGUGGGGGCCGCCACCAGUCUCCUAUAGACAUUUUAGACCAGCAUGCACGUGUUGGAGAAGAAUACCAGGAACUGCAACUUGAUGGCUUUGACAAUGAAUCUUCUAACAAAACCUGGAUGAAAAACACAGGGAAAACAGUUGCCAUCCUUCUGAAAGACGACUAUUUUGUCAGUGGCGCUGGCCUGCCUGGCAGAUUCAAAGCUGAGAAGGUGGAAUUUCACUGGGGCCACAGCAAUGGCUCGGCAGGCUCUGAACACAGCAUCAACGGCAGGAGGUUUCCUGUUGAGAUGCAGAUUUUCUUUUACAAUCCAGAUGACUUUGACAGCUUUCAAACUGCAAUUUCUGAGAACAGAAUAAUCGGAGCCAUGGCCAUAUUUUUUCAAGUCAGUCCAAGGGACAAUUCUGCACUGGAUCCUAUUAUCCAUGGGUUGAAGGGCGUCGUACAUCAUGAGAAAGAGACCUUUCUGGAUCCUUUUGUGCUGCGGGACCUCCUGCCUGCAUCCCUGGACAGCUAUUACCGAUACACAGGCUCUUUGACCACCCCACCAUGUAGCGAAAUCGUGGAGUGGAUCGUCUUCCGCAGACCUGUCCCCAUCUCUUACCAUCAGCUUGAGGCUUUUUAUUCCAUCUUCACCACGGAGCAGCAAGACCACGUCAAGUCAGUGGAAUAUCUGAGAAACAACUUUCGACCCCAGCAGCGUCUGAAUGACAGGGUGGUGUCCAAGUCCGCUGUCCGUGAUGCCUGGAGCCAUGACAUGAACGACUUCUUAGAAAACCCACUGGGGACAGAAGCCUCCAAAGUUUGCAGCUCUCCACCCAUCCACAUGAAGGUGCAGCCUCUGAACCAGACGGCACUGCAGGUGUCCUGGAGCCAGCCGGAGACCAUCUACCACCCUCCCAUCAUGAACUACAUGAUCUCCUACAGCUGGACCAAGAAUGAGGACGAGAAGGAGAAGACCUUCACGAAGGACAGUGACACAGACUUGAAAGCAACCAUUAGCCACGUCUCACCCGAUAGCCUUUACCUGUUCCGAGUCCAGGCCGUGUGCCGAAACGACAUGCGCAGCGACUUCAGCCAGACCAUGCUCUUCCAAGCAAAUACCACCCGAAUAUUCCAAGGGACCAGAAUUGUGAAAACGGGAGUGCCCACAGCGCCUCCUGCCUCUUCAGCUGACAUGGCCCCCAUCAGUUCGGGAUCUUCCACCUGGACGUCCUCUGGCAUCCCCUUCUCAUUUGUUUCCAUGGCAACUGGGAUGGGCCCGUCGUCCAGUGGCAGCCAGGCAACAGUGGCCUCAGUGGUCACCAGCACGCUUCUCGCCGGCCUGGGGUUUGGUGGCGGUGGCAUCUCCUCCUUCCCCAGCACGGUGUGGCCCACACGUCUGCCCACAGCCGCUGCCGCCGGCAAGCAGGCGGGCAGGCCGGUCCUCGCAACCACAGAAGCCUUGGCUUCUCUGGGGCCAGACGGCGAUUCAGCGCCAACCAAGGACAGCGAGGGCACGGAGGAAGGUGGGGAAAAAGAUGAAAAGAGUGAGAGUGAGGAUGGUGAGCGGGAGCAUGAGGAGGAGGGCGAGAAGGACUCCGAGAAGAAGGAGAAGAGUGAGACGACCCAGGCCGCCCAGGAGCAGAGCCAGACCCAGCCCAGCCCCACAGCCUCGUCUCCCAACAGGACUACCCAGGACAGGGGGCAUCAGACUAUACCUGGGCGGGGGCCAGGCCUCACCGCUGUCCCCACACACCAGCCGGGGGAGAGGAGGGAUGCUGACCCAGAUCUGGACCCCGAUUCGGUCACCUCCACCCAAGUGCCCCCUACAGUCACAGAGGAACAGUAUGCAGGGAGUGAUCCCAGGAGGCCGGACUCGCCGUCUAAAAAGCCCCGAGGGGACCGAUUUUCCGAGGAUAGCAGAUUUAUCACUGUCCAUCCAGAAAAGAACACUUCUGGAAUGAUAAGCCGUCCUGCCCCAGGAAGGAUGGAGUGGAUCAUCCCUCUGAUUGUGGUAUCAGCCUUGACCUUCGUGUGCCUCAUCCUUCUCAUCGCUGUGCUCGUUUACUGGAGAGGGUGUAACAAAAUAAAGUCCAAGGGCUUUCCCAGACGUUUCCGUGAAGUGCCUUCUUCUGGGGAGAGAGGAGAGAAGGGGAGCAGAAAAUGUUUUCAGACUGCUCAUUUCUACGUGGAAGAUAGCAAUUCGCCUCGAGUGGUCCCCAAUGAAAGUAUUCCUAUUAUUCCUAUUCCCGAUGACAUGGAAGCCAUUCCUGUCAAACAGUUUGGUAAACACAUCGGUGAGCUCUAUUCUAAUAACCAGCACGGGUUCUCUGAGGAUUUUGAGGAAGUCCAGCGCUGUACAGCUGAUAUGAACAUCACUGCAGAACAUUCCAAUCAUCCAGAAAACAAGCACAAAAACAGAUACAUCAACAUCUUAGCAUAUGAUCAUAGUAGGGUGAAGUUAAGACCUUUACCAGGAAAAGACUCUAAGCACAGCGACUACAUUAAUGCAAACUAUGUUGAUGGUUACAACAAAGCAAAAGCAUACAUUGCCACCCAGGGACCUUUGAAGUCUACGUUUGAAGAUUUCUGGAGGAUGAUUUGGGAACAAAACACUGGAAUCAUUGUCAUGAUUACGAACCUUGUGGAAAAAGGAAGACGAAAAUGUGAUCAAUAUUGGCCAACAGAGAACAGUGAGGAGUAUGGAAACAUUAUUGUCACGCUGAAGAGCACAAAAGUUCAUGCCUGCUACACUGUCCGCCGUUUCUCAGUCAGAAACACAAAAGUGAAAAAGGGUCAGAAGGGAAACCCCAAGGGGCGCCAGAAUGAGAGGGUAGUGAUCCAGUAUCACUACACGCAGUGGCCUGACAUGGGAGUUCCUGAGUACGCCCUGCCGGUCCUGACUUUCGUGAGGAGAUCAUCAGCAGCGCGGACACCAGAAAUGGGGCCUGUGUUGGUGCACUGCAGUGCUGGUGUGGGCAGGACAGGCACCUACAUUGUAAUAGACAGCAUGCUGCAACAGAUAAAAGACAAAAGCACAGUGAACGUCCUGGGAUUCCUGAAGCAUAUCAGGACACAGCGCAACUACCUCGUCCAGACUGAGGAGCAGUACAUUUUCAUCCAUGAUGCCUUGUUGGAAGCCAUCCUUGGAAAGGAGACUGAAGUAUCUUCAAAUCAGCUGCACAGCUAUGUUAACAGCAUCCUCAUACCAGGAGUAGGAGGAAAGACAAGACUGGAAAAACAAUUCAAGCUGGUCACACAAUGUAAUGCGAAAUACGUGGAAUGCUUUAGUGCUCAGAAAGAGUGUAACAAAGAAAAGAACAGAAACUCUUCAGUUGUGCCAUCUGAGCGUGCUCGAGUGGGUCUUGCACCAUUGCCUGGAAUGAAAGGAACAGAUUACAUUAAUGCUUCUUAUAUCAUGGGCUAUUAUAGGAGCAAUGAAUUUAUUAUAACCCAGCAUCCUCUGCCACAUACUACGAAAGAUUUCUGGCGAAUGAUUUGGGAUCAUAACGCACAGAUCAUUGUCAUGCUGCCAGACAACCAGAGCUUGGCAGAAGAUGAGUUUGUGUACUGGCCAAGCCGAGAAGAAUCCAUGAACUGUGAGGCUUUUACCGUCACCCUUAUCAGCAAAGACAGACUGUGCCUCUCUAAUGAAGAGCAAAUUAUCAUCCAUGACUUCAUCCUUGAAGCUACACAGGAUGAUUAUGUCCUAGAAGUUCGACACUUUCAGUGUCCCAAAUGGCCCAACCCAGAUGCUCCCAUAAGCAGUACCUUUGAACUAAUCAACGUCAUCAAAGAAGAGGCCUUAACAAGGGAUGGCCCCACCAUCGUUCAUGAUGAGUAUGGAGCAGUUUCAGCAGGAAUGUUAUGUGCCCUUACUACCCUGUCCCAGCAACUGGAGAAUGAAAAUGCUGUGGAUGUUUUCCAGGUUGCAAAAAUGAUCAAUCUUAUGAGACCUGGAGUAUUCACAGACAUUGAACAAUACCAAUUUGUCUAUAAGGCAAUGCUCAGCUUGGUCAGCACUAAAGAAAAUGGAAAUGGUCCCAUGACAGUGGACAAAAAUGGUGCUGUUCUAAUUGCAGAUGAAUCAGACCCUGCCGAGAGCAUGGAGUCUCUCGUGUGACUGGAAUCCUGAAAGGGCACUUAAUUUGUAAACUUCGGAAAACUGAGAACUUUUUUGAGGCCUUUUUUGCCAGACUCUAGGUUAUACAAUAACCCAAUUACUUUUUUACACUGAUAAAAGUUUUGAUAUUUAUUUUUUGCCAUUUUAUGUCUUAAUGGUAUCCUACUGAGCAUUUGCACCUCUGUUCAUUUCACACCGUGAAACGCAAUUUUACCUAGUUUGCACUAUGCGUGUAUGAUCAGUGUUAUUGCCUAUAAUCUAAUACAAAAGCAAGCCCUGAUGUGACAUUCCAUGACAACAUACAUGCUCCUUUUUAGUUCAGUACAGUGAAGGUCUUUGUUAUGACAGUGAACCUUGAUUUUAUUAUCAUUAUUAUUAUUAUUGCUGAAACAGUUGCAUUCUACUAGCAGGCAAUGCUGUACUUUUCCUUGGUCCUCCUCUUUUUUUAGGCACUGUUCAAUACUGUAUGCCUUCUGUAUUUUAGUGGUGUGGAUGAGCCUUGUUUUCUUUUACAGACUGGCAGGCUACCGGGAGCUAAGAAGGUCUGUUAACCUCAUGGCCUUGAAACAGUUCCAUUUAAGAUGGCUAAGAGAUCCAUUAAAAAGUUAGAAGGCUUAAGAGUUGCUUCGUGUGAACAUCCAUUAGUUACAAAGUUAUAUUCACCGCUUUAAAAAAAAGUGUCAAAAUAAAGAAUAACUCUGUAUUACAGCUUUCACAGUAGACAUGUGGACAGUGUGUGUUCUUUCCAUUUUGACUCUCUGAAAUAGCUACACCCUAAAAUCAGGGCUUUUACGAUAGAAAGAUGGCAAUAUUUUACACAAUUCAGAUACAAGACCCUUUAGUUACUCUGCAUUCAUGCUUCUGGGUUUAUAAUACCAUACCUCACGGUAGGUGGAAGAAUGAAAAUUUUUACAGGUGUGUAAUUUUGAAACUCGUCUUCUAAAAAUUCCCUAUUCCUCGUACAGCAAUCUGAUAAAAAAACUACCUAUAUAGUUAAUCUUUUCUUUCCUUUUUUGCCAAAUGUUUCAUAAUAAAUCUCUUAAUAACAUAUAUUCUUCUACUUAAGAUUAAUUUGGAAAUGCUGUAUUAGCAAAAGUCUUAGGACUAUAUAGAAUCCCACAUAUGGAUAAAUCUGAUUUGGAGAAUAUUAAAAUCUCGAAUUAAAGGUAAUACCUACGUUUUCAAGUAGUUCAAAGGGAGAUGGGUUUGUAGGCUUUUGUGUGGUUUAGUGUUAAGAACAGAUACACUUCAGUAAAAAAUGCCGAUAAGCAUUAGAGAGCCCAAGGAAGUUAUUUGUUCCACUCUAGGAAAUCAUAUUCACCCUGUAGUAUACAAUGGGAAAAUUAGGAGCAUUAAUAAGAAAUGUUUGUAGAAUUUGUUAGAAAAAUAAGCUACUUACUGAAAUCUGUUUCUUCCACUAUAUGUUUGCUUUUGAGGGAUAGCUUCUAUCAGAAAUAAAAUCAGCACCAGAACUGGACCUGUUAAGAAGAACAGGUUUUAUGUCCAUGAAUUUCAAUGAAAAGGCCACCAGGCUGCUAUUAUACCAUCUGAGUAGGCAUUAAACAUUAAUUAAUUAUGAUCAACACUGAAGUUCUAUUUAUCCUGAGUUGGUUUUCUAUGAAGUUUGUCAGAAUGGUGCUGGAAGACCAAAUUUCCUAAAGAGAAAAAAAUCUAUAGGCCAAGUUCAUGAAUUACAUAAUUUACCAGGGUUAAUCUCAUCAUUUUAUCACAAGAUUUGAUAACCCAGAAUAGUCUGUUUUUCAAGAAUUAUGUAGGACAGUCUUGAGAAAAGGUGUUCAAGUGAGCAAAGUUUGCCACAUUGUAUGUGUGCUAGACAACAGACACCUUUACAGCCCCUCUGAGUGACACAGGAUGUUCUACUGAACUCAAGAAAAGCUGGAACACAGGAGCACUACAGCUGCCAGGCAUCGAAGGAAAUCAGGGAGGGAAAGGCUAGAUUUUUUUUUGUUUUAAGUCAAUUAAAUGGUUUUAGACAGAGUAUUGAUGUAAGCUAACUCUUUUUUAGUAGAUGGCAAAGUGGUCUUGGUUUUCAAAAGUGUUUGAGUUCAUGGUCCCUCUCUCAAUUUUUGCUUAGUAAAAGUAAACAUUGGUUAGAAGACAAAUAACAAGUAUUCCCUUCUGUACUGUCUACGGAGGGCUCAAUUUGUGGAGAUAUAUACCUCCCAGUGCAAUUCUGUGACUAUCUGUCACAAAGAUAUCACAGUCAUAAAAGAGACAGCUAGUAAAUAGGAUAGGGACAUAAUAAGGAUGGGUUAGAAGUUUUCUGUGAGCAGUCUGUGUGUCUCUGGCAGGUGUGAACCAAAGUUACAGAUUCUGACCCACUGAACUAUGAGCAACUGUCACUUGACCGUUUUGGCACAGUAGUCCAAACAUACUUCACUAAGGAUAGUUAUAUUCAGCAGUUCUGCACUAUCGCCACAGAGCAUAUCCUCACUAUUAUUAUUCAUUUGUUAUUGGCAAAGAUUAUGCUUGCAUCUUUCCAGAGGCAGAGAGUUUCAAAAAUGGUGUUUGCUUUGAGACAUAAGCACACUGUUUAAGUACAUGACAAGGGGAAAUGAAAUAGCUAUUGCAAAUUCGUGUGUGCUAUUUGAUAAACCGUUCCUAUGUAGGAAUUUAACUCUAGGUAAACAUAAUGCACACAUCAUACAAAAUUGAAUAUAAUGAUCCAAGUGGGCAUGCUGGACAUGAGAGAAAAGACACUUGGUUGCCAUCAGGAGAACUUUUUCUUUCAUCCUAUAGCCAUGAUACUGUCUUUAAGUCUAAAAACAGAAAAAGCUAACUUCUGAAUUUUAAGAAGAAGAAGAUUAAUUUGUUUUCCUAAAUUUUAUGCCUUGGAUCUCUUAGGAGUCCACUUCAAGUAGAAGAGUCCAGCUGGGGUCAAAGAAGGGUGAUGGUGUUCAAGGUCUGGAUAUUGGGGGGUUUAGCCCAGAGUGACAUUGAAAUCAAUAACCUUACUUUAUAAUGACACAGCACAACUGCCUUGUUAUGAAUUUUUUCUUAAAAGCAUAUAUACUAUAUUUAAAAUUAAAAUAUAGAUAUCAAUUUACCAAAGAUACAUAUUACUAAUUCUAAGCAAAAAAAAAAAAAAGAAACUCAAACUCAUCAUAAUUUAAGAAAAAAAUAAUCAAAGCAUAGUUUGUCUUAAGAAUUUAGCAGUUAUACUGGAAAACACAUUUUCAACUCCUGUGUUCUAAAGUUUAUGUUCAAAUGGUGCCAGUGAACUUUUAUAUGAAGGGAAAUGCCUGCUUUUUUUUUUUUAACAGCUGUAAUUUCACUUAACCCUUUGCACUUUCCCUUGGUUGCCAUUUAACAUAUGAUAUUGGCUUUACUUAUCUCUAGAAAGAAGGCAUGCUACAAAUAGGAAGGAAUUGUAAUAAUGAUAUUUGGCCUCUACUUUGUCUUAGCUGUUAAACUGUUUUUAGUAUUUUUGUUAAAUAUUUGCAAAGGGAAGCAUUUUCUACAGAGGAUAAUUAAUUUCAAGAAAACUAUCUUGAGUUUUAAGAAAUAAACAUCUCCAGAAAAGGAGACAGUCGAUUUUAUAAAACGUCGCAACUCUCCAACAUUUGGGGUAGUGACUCCUUUUUUUUUUUUUUAGAACGUUUGAAACUAGCAAGCAGCCAUUGUUUCUAAAAAAAUUCAGCCUUCAUGUUGACUCAUAUUUCUUUCAAUUCAUUUUGAAAUAGUUAAGAUCAUUAAAACUGUAAAUAUUUUGUUGCUUGGGUAAGCAUCUUCUGGGAACUUUGUAUCUAUGGUAUAUAAUCAUAGAAUUUUAUAUUUUCAUAUAAAGCUAAUUUUUUUCUAGUUUCAACUCUGUCAGUUUUGUUUUGAUUUUUUUCCCCCUUUUUGUGGUGGAUAUGUGAAUUCAACUUUCUGUGUAUUGAAGUAGCAAGAACCAUCUUUGCAUUCCAAAAGAAUCCAACAUGUGUUAUUUCUUUGAGGCAGUGAUUGUGAAAGUUGGGUUUUAUUUUAAUUCCAUUGACCAUUUGUGCAAUAGGAAUUAGACAUAAUUAGUCACUGGACACAUUUGUCACAAUGACCCAUUUGGGAAAAGUGGGUUGUUUUUUUUUAAUUCGUUUGGGGGGAGGGGUUUUGUAACCUGAAAUUUUCCCUUUUUCUUCUGUUUAAAACUAUAUCAAAUCAUUCUAUUAUAGUGUUAUUUAAUAUGUAAAUUGUAUUGCUAUACAUAAAAUAAAGUAUGGUUUUUGAUGUA